AUGAAGUUAUCAAUUUUAAUUUUGUUUUGCUACGUUUUUACAAUUUUAAGUCCUCGAGUAAAAGGAGACGUUGUUGUAGAUUUGUUUGGUAAAAUUCAAGAGUCAGCGCAGAAGAUUGAAGAUGAUAUAAAAAGUGUUUUUCAAUCAAAAAGUAGAAGGGAUAGCCAAUAUAGAUAUGAAUCUAUGAUUGUAUUUAAGAAUGAUGAAGAUGCACCUGAUAAAACUACUGCCACAAACGUUGUUACAAGCACACAAGUUCCGGUAACGACAGUAAAAGGUGAUUCAAACAGUAAAACAAAUGGAACGGAGCAAGAUGGAAGAGAAAAUUUCAGAGGUGCUUGUGCUACAGGUUACGAGCGUACAGCUGAUGGAAGAUGUAAACCUACUUUUUAA